GACAAGAUAUUUAUUAAAAGUUUGUAUCGCGAAUAUUUUUUCCCAUUAGUGCUUGAGAUCAUAUCACAAUGUGGACGUUAAAAUUACUUUAUUCUAUAUCUUUAAUAACUUUCGCCUAUGCCUAUUUACCUGAAGGGUCAUCAUGUCAAACAUCAAGACAGGAAGAAGGUACUUGUACCAUCAUUCUAAAAUGUGACAUUAUGAUAAAUCUUCUACGGAGUCAGAGCCAAAAUCCAGAAACAAUGUCUUACAUUACAAAGGCAACAUGUUCCUUUAUCGGAAUCAUUCCAGUUAUUUGUUGCCCUCAAAAAAAAUCUGCUGACUUGAAUGAAAACAGUCGAUCCAACACAAAUGCAAUUGAAAAUAAACAAGUUUCGACUGAAACAAAUCCUGAAGAUUCCAGAAAAAGCGAAGCAAGUGAUGAUGAUAUUUUACCUCAGCUUCUGAGUAAACCUCACUGUGGUUUGAGUAAUGUGAAAAAUGGCAGGAUAGUUGGUGGAAUGCCAGCUGUUCUUGAUCAAUUUCCUUUCAUCGUUACACUAGGAUACAGAAAUAGAUGGAAUCCAAAUGUACCAAAAUGGCUUUGUGGGGGUUCUUUGAUUAGUGACAGACACAUUCUAACAGCGGCACAUUGUGUUCAUAACAGAACGGAUUUAUAUUUAGUUCGAUUGGGAGAACUUGAUCUCUAUAGUAACAGUGAGGGAGCAGAACCAGAAGACAUAAAAGUAAUUGGUUUCAAAAUCCAUGAAAAUUUCAGUCCACUUCAGCGCACCAAUGACAUCGCUAUAUUGACUCUAGAAAGAAAAUAUACGAGUUCGAGAGUAUGGCCGAUAUGCUUACCCCAUGAAGAGCCUUUGAAGUCCAAUUCUUUCAUAGGAACUUUUCCGAUAGUGGCUGGAUGGGGAGCUCUAUACUUUGAUGGACCCAGGAGCUCAAUUUUGCAAUUCAUUGAGGUUCCUGUAGUGAAUCGGAAUCAUUGUGUCAGAUCUUUUGGGACUAUUGGGGUCAUUGAUGACAAAAUCAUCUGCGCAGGUUACGUUGACAAUACCACUAAAGACACCUGCCAGGGUGACUCUGGAGGUCCCCUUAUGUACGCUGUCAGUGAGGGAAAUAGUUUACGUUACUACCAAAUUGGAGUGGUAUCCUAUGGGUUUAGGUGCGCAGAAUCUGGUUAUCCUGGAGUUUACACAAGGGUUACGAGCUUCAUCGACUGGAUCAGAAAAAAUAUCAAGUAGUUUAUUUUGAAACUGUCUCGUCCAAAAUGAGAAAGACGUUGCAGAGGGAACUUCAAACGCUGAACAACGACGUAUUACUUAAUUUUGAUGUAUUUGUAUACUGAUGUAUACAUUUUGAUGUAUUUGUAUACAUAUUUGUAUAUGUAUACUGUAUUUCAGUACUCAUAUGUUUGUGUUCUAUUUAAAUCAGUUAUUUUGAUUGUUGUUGCUUUGCUUAAACUUUUUUCCAUAAUAGAAAAACAAAUGAAUUAUUUAAG